AAAAUCAGUUAACUGCCGGCACUGGAGCAAGCCACUUGGUUAGCUCAACUUUUUGUUUACGCGCCCUUCGGAGAUACGUUUAUAUAUUAUAUUUACACAAUAUAAAUAUAACCCCGUAUAACGAGAGAAAAGAUGUCGAUGCACCAGCUGCUUCUAUACUCACUUUGCCUUUGGGCCGUUGUCGUGUUUUGUGCCCCAACUCCCAGUGAAUCCCGUCGCGUGAUCUUCCUGAAGCCGAAUGGCAUUCAUCGCGGCCAGAUCCUGGCCACCCAUGGCAUGGAGAAGUCCUGCCCCAAGUGCCACAUGCUGGAUCAUCGUGGCAAUUGCCGGCGCAUCAUAGCUUAUAAUGCAGAUGGCGUGCGCUGCUGAAGUGAUCUGAAGUGAAUCCAAUCAUCGAACGAAUCUCGCACUCUCUCAACAAACCCUAUUUAUUUAUCCUAUUUAUCUGCCUCGCACGCUAUACAUUUUAAUAAUAAUACAAAAUCCACCGUUU